AAAAAAAAAAAAAAAAAAAAGGGAGAAAGGGAUUUUAAUAUGUCAAGCUCUGAAAUGUUGCAAUUUUUUCUAACGGCUCCUUUAGCUGGUCAGAUUAUGCUUACAAAGUUGUGUGAAUGAAGAAUCUAUGGAGGGAAUCGUCAAACUUCUUGCUUUUUGCUUCUAUCUAUUGCUAAUUACAGCAAUAUCCACUUCAGCUGACACCAUCAAUACAAUUCAAUCAAUUAGAGAUGCAGACGCCAUAGUUUCAGCCGGUGGAAGCUUUAAACUGGGAUUUUUCAGUCCGGAUAACUCGGCAACUAAAUACUUGGGCAUAUGGUACAACAAAAUAGCUGACCCAACUGUAGUUUGGGUUGCUAACAGAGAAAUCGCCAUCAACGAUUCGUCGGGUGUUCUUCGGGUCAGUGAUCAAGGAAUUCUAGUCCUUGUCAAUGGUAACGGGAGCAUAAUUUGGUCUUCUAACUCCACGAGACCUUCGAGGAAGCCUAUCGCACAGCUAUUGGAUUCAGGAAACCUUAUUGUUAAAAACGAGGGUGAUGAUAACCCAGAAAAUUACUUGUGGCAGAGUUUUGAUUACCCAGCUGAUACAUUGUUGCCCGGAAUGAAGCUUGGAUGGAAUAGAGCAACGGGCUUCAGUCGAUACAUUUCAUCAUGGAAGACUCCCAAUGAUCCUGCUCGAGGUAAUUUUACUAGUGGGAUUGAUCCCGGUGGUUAUCCUGAGCUGAUUGUAAGAGAGGGUUCAACUUUGCAUUUUCGAGCUGGAUCAUGGAAUGGUCUUCAGUUUACCGGCACACCUGGGUUAAGGCCAAACUCUAUUUAUACAUAUGAGUUUGUUAUAAACGAGAAGGAGUGGUAUUAUAUUUAUCAGCUUCUUUCCAGCUCAUUACUUUCAAGAAUGGUGAUAAAUCAGAAUGGCAUUCUGCAACAGUUUACUUGGAAUGAGCGAACAAAAAACUGGGGGAUUUACCUUCAAUUAGAAAAUGAUGAUUGUGAUCGAUAUGCUCUGUGUGGUGCAUAUGGUAGCUGCAAUCUUAGUAAUUCACCCAAAUGCAGUUGCUUGACAGGAUUUGAACCAAAAGUUCCAAAAGAAUGGGGCACAGCGGAUUGGUCAAGUGGUUGUGUUAGAAAGACUGCAUUAAAUUGCUCUGCAGAUGGAUUUCGAAAGUACACUCCAGGGAAGUUACCAGAAACACGAAAUUCCUGGUUUGACAAGAGUAUGAGUCUUGCGGAGUGCAGAAUCACGUGCAUGAAGAAUUGCUCCUGCACAGCUUACGCAAAUUUGGACAUUAGAGGAGGAGGACGUGGUUGCUUGCUGUGGUUCAGUGGUCUGAUUGAUAUGAGAGAUUUUGGUGACAAUGGCCAAGAUAUUUAUAUAAGGAUGGCUGCAUCAGAAAUAGCUCUUGAUGAAGAUAUGAAGACAAAGAGUAAAUCCAACAAAAUGAGGAUCAUUUUGAGCUCAGUGUUACCUGCAGCAGUGCUGAUCCUGGGCCUAAUUAUCCUUUUGCGUGUUUGGAAAAAGAAGAAGCAGCAGAAACAUAGAAUAAAAACAGGCAUGGUGGAAAGAAAUGCAAAUGACAAUACUGACACGGAGGACCUAGAAUUACCAUUGUUUGAUUUUGCCACCAUUGCUUCUGCAACCAAUGACUUCUCGAUUAACAAUAAACUCGGAGAAGGAGGAUUUGGACCUGUUUUCAGGGGAAUGUUGAAAGAUGGGCAAGAAAUAGCUGUGAAGAGGCUCUCAAAAGAUUCUAACCAGGGACUCAAUGAGUUCAAGAAUGAAGUCAUACAUAUUGCCAAACUUCAGCACCGGAAUCUGGUGAAGCUUCUGGGAUGCUGCAUUCAAUCAGAUGAGAAGAUGUUAAUCUAUGAGUUUAUGCCUAACAAAAGCUUGGACUUCUUUAUAUUUGAUCGAAGACAGAGCAAGAUCCUAGAUUGGCCUAAGCGCCACCAUAUUAUCAAUGGGAUUGCUCGUGGACUCCUUUAUCUUCACCAAGAUUCAAGGCUAAGAAUAAUUCAUAGAGAUCUGAAAGCAGGGAACAUUUUAUUGGAUUAUGAAAUGAAUCCAAAAAUUUCAGACUUUGGCCUCGCUAGAAGUUUUGGAGGAAAUGAAACACAAGCCAACACAAGUAAGGUGGUGGGAACAUAUGGUUAUAUGUCACCAGAGUAUGCGAUUGAUGGCGUCUACUCUGUGAAGUCCGAUGUGUUUAGUUUUGGUGUUAUAAUGCUAGAGAUAGUGAGUGGGAAGAGGAAUAGAGGAUUCACUCAUGAAGACCAUCACCUUAACCUUCUUGGACAUGCUUGGAGACUACAUAAAGAAGGGAGGUCUAUUGAACUGAUUGAUCCAUCAUUGAGAGGCUCGUGCAAUCUAUCUGAAGUGCUACGGUCAAUUCACAUUGGUUUACUUUGUGUGCAACGAAGUCUAAAACAUAGGCCAAGCAUGUCAGCUGUGGUUCUUAUGUUGUGCGGUGAUGAUUCAUUACCUGAGCCUCAGCUGCCUGGUUUCUUCGCUGAAAGGGAUCUAUUUGAAGGGAGUUCUUCGUCAAACCCGCAAAGCUCAUCUUCUGCUAAUUUUCUCACGGUUACGUUAGUAGAGGCACGAUAGAUGCAUAUCACGUUUACUAAUCUGUUUGUUUGACAACUGAAUUGGUUACAACAAUUUUGCUUGUAAAAUUCAUGUACAGCAGGCUUGGGGGAAAAAUAAAAAUAAUGGAGAGACCCAACUAUAAAAUUCUUCAAAUCUCUAAUAUUACGACUUUUACACUAAAAUUCUUCAAUUUUAAUGAGAAUGAUUGAGGUUAGAGGAA